CGGGUAGAGGACCUCUUCGAGUACGAGGGCUGCAAAGUGGGCAGGGGCACCUACGGGCACGUCUACAAAGCCAAGCGGAAGGACGGGUGAGUGAGGAAUGGGUCCCCCCGGACCCCGCCGCAGGCUGGCCGCGCCUCCCCCUCUCCGCGCCUUCCUCCCGCCGGUCCCUCCCGGCCCGCGGCUCCCGCCGCCUGCUCCGGCCGCGCUGCCCGGCGUCCCCCCCCUCCUGUCCCCGGGCCUCUCUGCGAGCUCCCCCCUCGCCCGCCCGACCCCGGUUCGUGCCGCCCUCUCUCCAGCAUUGCCUUCCCUUCUCUUCCGAUGCCGCGGCUUCUGCUGCCGCCCAGUGAAACCCCGCGAUUUGCCGCCUGGACAAGUGCUUGGGUCGCCGGAGGUCGCGAAUUCUCAUUCCCUCGGCGUCGUGCACGAGUCUUGUUUUGGAAAGAUGAUAAAGAUUACGCUUUAAAGCAGAUAGAAGGUACUGGAAUUUCUAUGUCUGCAUGCAGAGAAAUAGCAUUGCUGCGAGAGCUCAAGCAUCCAAAUGUCAUUUCUCUGCAAAAGGUGUUUCUUUCUCAUGCUGACAGGAAGGUGUGGCUUCUGUUUGACUACGCCGAGCAUGACCUCUGGCAUAUAAUCAAGUUUCACAGGGCUUCUAAAGCAAACAAGAAACCAGUUCAGUUACCUCGGGGAAUGGUGAAGUCACUGUUAUAUCAGAUCCUAGAUGGUAUUCACUACCUGCAUGCUAACUGGGUGUUACACAGGGAUUUGAAACCUGCUAAUAUUUUAGUUAUGGGUGAAGGUCCUGAGCGAGGAAGAGUAAAAAUUGCUGACAUGGGCUUUGCCCGAUUAUUUAAUUCACCUCUGAAGCCUUUAGCAGACUUGGAUCCAGUAGUUGUAACGUUCUGGUAUCGAGCUCCAGAAUUGCUUCUUGGAGCAAGGCAUUAUACCAAAGCUAUUGAUAUUUGGGCCAUAGGGUGUAUAUUUGCAGAGCUGCUAACAUCAGAGCCAAUAUUCCAUUGUCGACAAGAAGAUAUCAAAACUAGUAAUCCUUAUCACCAUGACCAGCUGGACAGAAUAUUCAAUGUAAUGGGAUUUCCUGCAGAUAAAGAUUGGGAAGACAUAAAAAAGAUGCCUGAACAUUCAACUUUAAUGAAAGAUUUCAGGAGAAACACGUAUACCAACUGCAGCCUUAUCAAAUAUAUGGAAAAACAUAAAGUUAAACCAGAUAGUAAGGCGUUCCACUUGCUUCAGAAAUUGCUCACUAUGGAUCCAAUAAAGAGAAUUACCUCAGAACAGGCUAUGCAGGAUCCCUAUUUCUUAGAAGAUCCUCUUCCCACAUCCGAUGUUUUUGCAGGUUGUCAAAUCCCUUACCCAAAACGAGAAUUUUUAACAGAAGAAGAACCAGAUGAUAAAGGAGACAAAAAGAACCAGCAGCAGCAGCAGGGCAAUAACCAUACUAAUGGAACUGGUCAUCCAGGGAACCAAGACAACAGUCACACACAGGGACCCCCACUGAAAAAAGUGAGAGUUGUUCCUCCUACCACUACCUCAGGUGGACUUAUUAUGACCUCAGACUAUCAGCGUUCCAACCCCCAUGCUGCCUACCCCAACCCCGGACCAAGCACAUCGCAGCCACAGAGCAGCAUGGGGUAUUCAACUACCUCCCAGCAGCCGCCACAGUACUCGCAUCAGACACACCGGUACUGAGCUGCCUCCCCCUCACGUCAGUGCACUGUUGGUAAUGCUGCAGGCCCGGCCACGCAGCCGCCCGCCCUCCCGCCUGCCUGCCCGCAACCCGGCCCGGGCCACCAGAAUGUACUGUACAACCGCACCUCCAACCUGUCCCAUCGCCACGAGCCACCCCCUGCCUCGGAGCGCAGCGGCGGCUCCCGGAUCGUACCUGUUUUUGGGGUUAGACUUGAAAAGAAAAUGCUAGCACAGUUUGUGUUGUGGAUACGCUACUUCCAUAGUUUACUUGACAUGGUUCAGACUGACCGAUGCGUUUUUUUUCCCCGUGACAGUCUGUAGCAGUCGAAGCUGUGAAAUGUGCUAGGGGCAAGCAUUUUUGUUGUCGUAUGUGGUGAAUUCUCUCGAUGUAACAACUUUAUCUGACCAAUAGUACACGACAUCUUUGAACUGGUACUUGAAGCAUACAGUAUAUGUUACCAUGGCAAAACCCCCCCCCGUGACUCCGAUUUGAGACGAUUUUGAUAGACGUUUAUUUUUAGUGACUGUUGUGGGUUGGUUCAUUUUCCACCGAGUUCAAUGUUUUAUGGCCGACACGAUUGCUACGAUGAGAUUGUUGGUUUUUUUCAACACCAUGAAAAACGUUUGAUUUCUUGUUUUUUUCCCAGCAAUUACAAACGUCCCAAAGAUUAAUUUCCAACGUAAGUCUUUUGUUUUUCAACCUAUGACUUGACUGGUAUUAAAGCUGCUAUUUGAUAGUUAAAUGAGUAUGUGGUCAUUGAUAUAAACAUGUUUGGUUCAGCAAACAAACUAAAAUGGUUGUCACAGACAGUGGUUUGGUUUGUUUGGUUUAUUUUUUUUCCCCUCCUGGUGGUGUUAAUGAUUUGUGAGCAUGCUUUGGGAUUAAAGAAGCAUGAGCGACGUUUCCUUAAGAAUGGUGCAGCAUCCAUUCAGAUGUUGUGUCACGGUUUUUGAGAACCAGCUUGGUGUAGUGGAGUUUAAAUUCUGUUCAGUUGAUUUUUUUUCCUUCCCAAUGUUCGCACGUUGUUUAGGGGUGCCAUUCCUACAGCAGAGGAUCAAGGUGUUAGGAGAGCCUUAGAAUUUAUGAGGAGAAACUUAACAUACAAUGUACUGUAUCAAACUAUUUUACAUGAAUGACGCAAGUAUUCUGAAUAAAAAAAAAGGAAAAAAACUCAAGCAUUGUUAAAACAAGGUGUUAUGUAAUAAAUUUAUUUUUC